UUCAAAGGCAGUAGAGAUGCUCAGAAUGACGGAAAAAUCAACCUCGCCUCCACUAUACCCGGUUAUCUCGGAACACAGAGAAGGCUUGACUACUGAAGCGCAUGACUGGACCAUGGUACAAGCAAAAUCGUUGGUGGAAGGCCAAACUGUGAUAACAAUUGAUGGUUCUCUACCGAUAGAAGUAGCAUGUGAAACUUUGCUUAAUAACAACAUCUCUUCUGCGCCUGUUUAUGACUCUACACCUGCCACAAGCACCGCUAUUGAUCACCCUAGAUCAUAUAUUGGCAUGUUCGACUAUGGUGAUCUCAUCUCGUACAUAUUGAUUGUCUUGCGGAAAGAGUUCCCUCCUGAAGACGAGUCAACAAUUGAAAUCAAAGAAUUAAUCAGAAAGGCUAUGGGUGGUGAGCAAGUACCCGUAAAGCUUGCAAGUGAUCUUUCCCGCAAGAACCCAUUCUGCUCAGUCUUGCCGGAAGCAACACUGAUUUCUGUCCUUGACGAGUUUUCCUGCGGAACACACAGAGUUGCCGUGACCCUUCCCAGUGGUGAACUUAUGGGUAUCCUGUCGCAGUCCAGAGUCAUCGAAUAUUUGUAUAGGAAUAUCAAGCAUUUCCCAGAAUUACAUCGUGUUGCAAGCAAAUCCUUACGACAACUGCAAUUAGGAGAGGCGCCAGUCAUAUCUAUAGACUCAGAAUCCAUAGUGUUGGAUGCAUUGAGCUUAAUGAACAAACACGGUGUCUCAUCAUUAGCUGUCAUUGGACCUACCAAUUCACUUGUUGGUAACAUAUCUCUAACCGAUGUCAAGCAUAUUAUUAAAAAUCAGCAAAAGCUGCUUUGGAACUCGUGUUUCCAUUUCAUCAACAACAUUCGAAUUUCUCAAGGUGUCAUUGAUGGACAGGGCGACCAGGAUCGACACCCUGUAUUUGACGUAAAAUUGGAUACAACUUUAUUGAUGACGAUGGGAAAACUAGUAGCUACAAAGGCACAUCGACUUUGGGUGACGGAUGAAGCGGACGUGGUAAUUGGACUAGUAUCCCUUACGGAUUUGCUACGAGCCAUUUUAAAUAAUACGGUCAAUCAGCAGUAGCUUCAUUAUUGCAAUGAAUAAUACAAUGAACUACUUUUUGUGUUGUGUGUUCCAUGAUGUGCUAUUGUUAGGUAAGGGCUUUCCUCGCCAAGAUGGACGAGCGGAGAUUCAAAAGGUGACACAGUCAUGACCUUUUAUAAAAAAAAAGCGAUCGGAAUGGGCCCCCCAAUCUUUACAUCUUUGUCAGCCAAACGAUCUUUGGUCCGAUCACUUUGCUGAACGUUAUGGGUAGCAGCGAUCUUGACAGGUAAGGCGAUUA